AUGGAUUAGAAUAUAAUAUAAUUAACAAUAGAUUAGAAAACUAAAUUACAUUAAUUAACAUAAAGUGUUUAUAUAGAAGCAUAAAAAUUAUUGAGAGAUGAUUUAAUAUAAAAAUAUACAGAUUAAGCUCAUUUAAUUAGAUUAUUAAUAGCAAAAGAUUGGAAAUUAGAUGAGGCUUGGGAAUAAUGGAAUAGAUGGGUAGAAUGGAGAAAAUAAUAUAAAGCAGAUGAUAUUAAAAUUGAAGAAAUUAGAAAAGAACUUGAUAUGAAUAAAACAUUUUGGAAUGGAUAAGAUAAAUUAGGGAAUCCUUGUUUAGUUAUUAAGGCUAGAAGACAUUUCCCAGGAUAAAGUGAUCCUGAUACUCUUAUUAGAUAUAUGUUAUAUAUGAUUGAUAUUGGAAUAGAAAGAGCUGAAUAAGCAGGUACAGGUAAAAUAACUGUUAUUUGGGAUAGAGAAGGAGUUACAACUAAGAAUUUUGAUUCAUCUAUGUUUAAAAUAAUAAAAAGAAUGAUAACUCUUGUUUAAGACAAUUAUGCUGAAAGAUUACAUUAAGCAUAUAUACUUUAUCCAAAUUUUCUAUAUAAAACUGUAAUGACUAUUGUAAAACCUUUCUUAAGUGAAAGAACUAAAUAAAAAAUAAUAUUAUGUAAUGAAUUUAAAGAUCUAUAUCCAUAUUUUGGAGAUAAUUUUAUUAUUUCUGAUGGAAUUGGAGAUGAAUAAAUCUAAUAAUUAUAGGAUAAUUUAUAAGAUUAAUAACAGAUCUAGUCCUUUAUAUAAUAAUAAUUUUUGCAAUAAUGA